GUAAUGCAGGUGAAUAGGACCCAGCUGACUGAGUUUGUUCUUAGAGGAAUAACGGAUCGUCCAGAGCUGCAAGUGCCCCUGUUCCUGGUGUUCUUCCUCGUCUAUGUCAUCACCAUGGUGGGGAACCUUGGCUUAAUCUUUCUCAUCUGGAAGGACCCCCACCUUCACACCCCCAUGUACUUCUUCCUGGGAAAUUUAGCCUUUGCGGAUGCCUGUACUUCAUCCUCUGUGACUCCAAAGAUGCUUGUGAAAUUUUUGAAUAAGAAUGAUAUAAUAUCCCUGGGUGAGUGUUUUGCCCAAUUGUAUUUUUUUUGUUUUAGUGCAACCGCAGAGAUUUUCCUCCUGGUAGCGAUGGCCUAUGACCGCUAUGUAGCCAUCUGCAACCCUCUGCUCUAUCUAGUGGUGAUGUCCAAAAGACUCUGUGUUCAGUUCAUAAGUGUAUUAUAUCUAAUUGGAUUUCUACAUGCCUUACUUCAUAUGGGAUUGUUAUUUAGAUUAACUUUUUGUAGUUCCAAUAUAAUAGAUCAUUUCUACUGUGAGAUCUUGCUGCUCUAUACAAUUUCUUGCACUGAUCCAUCUAUUAAUGCAUUUGUUGCUUUCACUUUUGCUAUUUUUAUGCAAGCGAGUACUUUCUUUAGUAUUAUAGUUUCUUAUGCCCGUGUCCUCUUUGCCAUCCUGAAAAUGAAGUCUGAGAGGGGCAGGAAAAAAGCCUUCUUUACUUGCAGUUCCCACCUGUUGUCUGUCUCCUUGUUCUAUGGCACUCUCUUCAUCAUAUAUGUGCUGUCUGGCUCUGACAGAAAUAAGUACCAGGGUAAAAUGUAUUCAUUGUUCUACACCAUUAUCAUUCCUCUGCUAAACCCCUUUAUUUACAGCCUAAGAAACAGAGAGGUUUUAGGUGCCUUGGGAAAAUUCACAAAAUGUUGA